GCCACGUGAAGCUUCCUCGCCCCUAAAGGCCCCACACGGGCAGGGCUAAUGAGAGAGGAAAUUUAAGGACGCCCCAAUCUCUGAGACGCGGAGCCCCGCUGCCGCCCCAAGAGCCGCUCUUGCAACAGCUGCCACCCCCGGCCACAGCGGCCGCCUUGUCCAGCCGAGCGGAGGACGCGGCCGCGGAGCGAUGGCCCGCCGCACCCCGGGCAGGCGCCUCGGGCUGCCGCCGCUGCCGCCGCCGCUGCUGCUGCUCCUGCUGCCGCCGCCGCUGCUGUUGGCCGCCGCGGCGCAGAUGAACCCGGCAGAAGUCUACUAUGCAACUGCGUACUGGAUGCCUGCUGAGAAGACAGUACAAGUCAAAAACAUAAUGGACAAGAAUGGGGAUGCCUACGGCUUUUACAAUAACUCUGUGAAAACCACAGGCUGGGGCAUCCUGGAGAUCCGAGCUGGCUAUGGUGCCCAGGCCCUGAGCAAUGAGGUCAUCAUGUUUGUGGCUGGCUUUUUGGAAGGUUACCUCACUGCCCCACAUAUAUAUGACCACUUCACGAACCUCUACCCUCAGUUGAUCAAGAAACCUUCCAUCGUGGAUAAAGUUCAGAAUUUUAUGGAUAAGCAAGAUGAGUGGACCCGGAAAAACAUCAAAGAAUACAAGGAUGACUCAUUUUGGAGACAUACAGGCUAUGUUAUGGCACAACUGGAUGGGCUAUACGUAGGGGCAAUGAAGAGGGCUAUAUUAGAAGGAACAAAGCCCUUGACCCUGUUCCAGAUUCGGUUCCUGAAUGCAGUUGGAGAUCUAUUGGAUCUAAUUCCCUCACUCUCCCCCACAAAAAAUACCAGUCUGAAGGUUUUUAAGAGAUGGGACAUGGGACAUUGCUCUGCUCUUAUUAAGGUUCUUCCUGGAUUUGAGAACAUCUAUUUUGCUCACUCAAGCUGGUACACAUACGCAGCCAUGCUCAGGAUAUAUAAACACUGGGACUUCAAUAUCAAGGAUAAAGACACCAGCAGUAGUCGCCUCUCUUUCAGCAGUUACCCAGGGUUUCUGGAGUCUCUGGAUGACUUCUACAUUCUCAGCAGUGGUCUGAUACUGCUGCAGACUACGAACAGCGUGUACAAUAAAACGCUACUAAAGGAGGUGAGACCCGAGACUCUUCUGGCCUGGCAGAGGGUCCGUGUGGCCAAUAUGAUGGCAGAUAAUGGCAAGAGCUGGGCAGAGAUCUUCUCAAAAUACAACUCUGGCACCUACAACAAUCAGUACAUGGUCCUGGACCUGAAGAGGGUAAAGCUGAACCACAGCCUUGGCAAAGGCACUCUGUACAUUGUGGAGCAAAUUCCCGCAUACGUAGAAUAUUCUGAACAAACGGAUGUUCUACGGAAAGGAUAUUGGCCCUCCUACAACAUUCCUUUCCAUGAAAAAAUCUACAACUGGAGUGGCUAUCCCUUGCUAGUUCAGAAGUUGGGUUUGGACUACUCUUAUGAUUUAGCUCCAAGAGCCAAAAUCUUCCGGCGUGACCAAGGGAAAGUGACCAAUAUGGCAUCCAUGAAAUAUAUCAUGAGAUACAACAAUUAUAAGAAGGAUCCUUAUAGUAAGGGUGAUCCCUGCAAUACCAUCUGCUGCCGUGAGGACCUGAACUCACCUAACCCAAGUCCCGGAGGUUGCUACGACACGAAGGUGGCGGAUAUCUACCUAGCAUCGCAGUACACAGCCUAUGCCAUCAGUGGCCCCACAGUACAAGGCGGCCUCCCUGUUUUCCACUGGAACCGUUUCAACAAAACUCUCCAUCAGGGCAUGCCAGAGGCUUACGACUUUGAUUUUAUUACCAUGAAACCAAUUCUGAAACUUGACAUAAAAUGAAGGAGGGAGAUGAGGGAAUAGAAGGGAAUAAAAGGCUGCAAAUAGGAAACCAAAGGUACUAUUUUAGCUAUGUUUUUUCUGUCAGAAUUACUCUUAAUAAAAUACAGUAAAUUCAUCUGUCACUUU